UGAUUCUCUGCUCAGACCUCUAAUGGCGAAGCUUCAUUUCAUUCUUCCAUGUUCGAUACCCGAAGUGCGAAGAUCGAUAUCUUCGCGCUUCACAGUUCAGCUAAAUAACCUCUGCUCUGUUUUACUUUGUCUCCUCGCCAUUUUCCCAUUGUCUGGAUCAGAACAAGUAGCAGGGUUUUCUCCUGCGGCAUAUGGAGAGUUGGAGUGUGGUUCAUUAUCUUCGAAGCUAUUGAUCAAAGGAGGAAUUGUUGUAAACGCUCAUCAUCAGGAAAUCGCAGAUGUUUAUGUUGAGGAUGGGAUUAUUGUCUCCGUUCAGCCUAAUAUCAAAGUUGGAGAUGAUGUUAAAGUGAUUGAUGCCUCUGGGAAGUAUGUUAUGCCAGGAGGAAUUGAUCCUCACACACACCUGGAGACAGAGUAUGGUGAUAUCCAGAACGUGGAUGACUUUUUCAAUGGUCAGGCUGGUGCAUUAGCAGGGGGAACUACAAUGCACAUCAACUUUGUCCCACCAAUUAAUGGGAGUUUAUCUGCUGGUUUUGAAGCCUUUGCAAAAAAAGCAAAAAAAUCAUGCAUGGAUUAUGGUUUCCAUACAACCAUCACAAAAUGGGAUGAGACUGUUGAAAAAGAGAUGGAAAUUAUGGUCAAGGAGAAAGGUAUCAACUCUUUCAAGUUUUUCCUCGCCUACAAAGGGCGUAAUAUGGUCAAUGAUGAAGUUCUAUUGAAAGGCUUGAUAAAAUGCAAGUCUCUUGGUGCCUUGGCUAUGGUUCAUGCAGAAAAUGGUGAUGCUAUUGUUGAAGGACAGCAAAUGAUGAUUGAUCUUGGUAUAACUGGUCCAGAAGGACAUGCACUUUCUAGGCCUCCAGUGCUGGAAGGAGAGGCAACUGCUAGAGCCAUUCGAUUGGCAGCUUUCGUGAACACACCCGUUUAUAUUGUUCAUGUAAUGAGUAUUGAUGCAAUGGAAGAGAUAGCCAAAGCUCGACAAGCAGGUCAAAGGGUUAUUGGAGAGCCAAUUGCUGCUGGAUUGGCACUUGAUGAAUCGGGGAUUUUUGACCCUGACUUCACCACUGCCGCAAAGUUUGUCAUGAGUCCUCCAAUAAGAAAAUCAGGACAUGAUAAAGCUCUUCAAGCUGCCCUAUCAAUGGGAGUUUUGCAGGUUGUAGGAACAGAUCAUUGUUCAUUCAGUUCCACACAAAAAGCCAUUGGUAUUGAUGACUUCCGAAAAAUUCCAAAUGGCGUCAACGGUAUUGAAGAAAGGAUGCAUUUGGUCUGGGAUACUAUGGUGGAGUCUGGCUUAAUAUCUCCUCCUGACUAUGUCAGAAUUACAAGCACUGAAUGUGCUCGGAUUUUUAAUAUGUACCCUAGAAAGGGAGCAAUACUUGCUGGAUCUGAUGCUGAUAUAAUCAUUCUCAAUCCCAAUGCAAGCUUUGAAAUAAGUGCAGCCACUCACCACACAUGCUCAGACACCAAUGUCUAUGAAGGAAAGAAAGGGAAGGGAAAAGUAGAAGUGACCAUUGCCGGAGGAAAAGUAGUGUGGGAAGAUGGUGAACUCAAGGUUGUAAGUGGUUCUGGAAGGUACAUAGAAAUGCCACCCUACAGUUACCUUUUCAAUGGUAUGGAUAAAGUUGAUGCUGCAUACCUGUCAUCUCUGGGUGCUCCUGUUAAGCGUAUCAAAGCCGCAACUUGAGUUCAGCUAUUCUUUUUGCUGAAACAGAAAUAAAAGAGAAAUAAUGAGAAAAAAAAUUAUGGUAAUAUAUGAUAUGUAGUUGUGGCCUUGGGACAAAUAAGAUCUUGAGGGCUGUGCAUGCUCAAAUGUAUUUCAAUUCAAACUCAGAUAUGGAAGAUCAGUAAAAGGAUUCGAACAUAA